GUCCUAUUCCACCUCCCCCUCACCGACGUACCGACCGUGUCUUCAGGCUGCCGCGAAGGUGGAGAUAGUCAAGGUGGUGGGCGACAAGUUCUUCGGUGGCUCCACGGACAUUUGGACGGGUCUCCAUAGGAAGAUGUUCAUCUCCUUCACCAUCCACUUUGUGGACGGGGAGACACUGCGCACCAUCGACCUCGCUUGCCGGCCGUUCAACGUCACACACAGCGGCGAGAACAUAGCGAAGGAGCUCAAGAGCAUCCUGACCGACGCGGGUCUUGACCCGAAGAAGUGCACCGGUAUCACCAUGGACAACGCGUCGAACAUGAUCAGAGCGGGGAACCAGCUCGACGCCAGUGACGACAGCAACAUCCUCAGACUGUCUUGCUUCUGCCACUCCAUCCAGCUGUCCAUACAGCGCUUCCUGGGUCUCCAGAAGGUGAAGGGCAGCAGCGGCAACGGCAACGGCAGCGGCAGCGGCAACGGCAGCGGCGACGGCGGCAGUGGCAGUGGCAGCGGCAGCAGCAGCGGUGGUGGCGCACCCGCUGGAAUCAACGCGGGACCUGCCGCGGGAGGUGGAGGAGCACCACCUGGUACCAACGCAGGAGGUGCCGCGGGUGCAGGCGGCGGCACAUCCGCUGGAGGUGGAGGCGGGGGCUCUGGACCGGACGUCUUCAAGUCAGGUGUGAAGGACACGCUUCAGCGGUGCAACGCCAUCGUCUCCAAGUUCAACAAGUCUCCGAAGAGCACCCAACUACUCAAGGAAACCGCAGAUUGGCUGAAGGUGGAGUACGUCGUCCUCCAGAAGCACGUGGAGACCAGGUGGUGGUCGGAGGUGACUACCAUCAGGAGCGUCCUGACGAACAAGAAGGCUCUCCAAGCCCUGGCCAUGAAGAACGAGUCGCCGUGCCCGGAGUUGCUCGCUGGUCUCGACUGGGACCUGCUGGAGAUACUCCUCCAACUCCUCGAGCCGUUCGCUGCAGUGACAGCGGGGAUGGAGGCCGACAAGUACGUCACCGUCGGGUCCGUGCUAGGCAUGGUCGCGUUUCUGCAGCACAAGAUCGGCAAGCUUACCGCCCACGCCAACCCCGGCAUCGCGGCUCCGGCGCGCGACAUGAAGACGGACUUCGACAGCAGGUUCAAGCUGGACCCGUUCGACCACGAGCCUGGAACGUCAGGAUGCACGAAGCUGCAUCUAGCCGCCGCUUUCCUUGACCCCAGGGCGAAAGACUUUGCCCGUAUCCCUUUCAGCAUCCAGCAGAAGGCUGCCAACAUCAUUGAAUGCCUAGGGGAGCAACUCAUCGCGGAGAAGCUCCAGACGGAAUUCGGGGCCGAUGACGCGGCCGAUGAUAGUGCCAGCAGCGGCGAGGAUACUCAAGACGUGGUUGGGGGCAAUGACCUUGAAGCGGCUGCCCCCAAACCGAAGAAGAACAUCUUCGCCCAAGUUUGGCAGCUCGACGACGGCGAAGAGUACAUUGAUGAGGAGCUAUUGGACGAACAGGUAGGGAUGGCAUGGGGCAACUACGACCACCCACCGGAGCCCUGUACUCCUCGAUCCAGGCGGAAGGAGGAGUACGACGCCCAGAUGAAAUCAGAAGUCCUCCGGUACCGUGGUGUUACGUCCAUGAACCCCGACGGGAACCCGUUGACGUGGUGGGACCAGCACAAAGCUACCUUCCCGCUACUGCGUGAACUUUCUCAUCGUAUCCUGUGCGUGCCGGCGUCGUCGGCGGCAUCAGAGCGUCUGUUUUCCAAGGCCGGGCUCACUUUGACCAAGCAGCGUUCGCUCCUCGCCGGAAACAGAGUAGCCCAGCUCGUCACCUUACGUGGAGCUGUUGCGGCGGGUGUCCUCGACAAGUACUAAACCCUACUUGUUUCCUUUGUCACGUCUUUCAUUCGCGGCCGACGUGACUUCAGCGACAAUGCAUGAUCCAGUUGCGCUCUGUCAUAGCUACUCUGUGAGGGGUGCCCAAGCGGGGAGUAGUGGUCCAAAUGUGGUAGUUGGUGCGUUUCUUUUUUUUUUUUGUGUGUGUAACGAUCGAGGACGUCGGCGAGCUCUCGCGCACUCUUUCAUCGUCGCUUGUGUACCCUGCAGUGUUCCUAGCUGUUGUAGGCCAUGGCACCAACAAACUACCGUCGUGCAGACCGCGUGCAAA